GAGGUUGCGAGAGAAAUUUGAAGCAGAUACUAGAGAGUUGGAACAGUCAGAAAGAAGGGCUGUCAAGAAAUACAAUGAAAUAAAGGCAAAACUAGCAGAAUUGGAAGGAGAAAAUGAACGAGCUAAAGUCAUAAUUAAGCAGAAGGAACAAGAAAUGCUGGAUAAUAAAAAGCUCAUUGAGAAGAUGAACUCAGAACGGAGCCACGUUUCUGACAUAAUAAGACAAGAGUUUGCUGACCGGAUAGUGGCUACCGAGGAAGAAAACAAGCGGAUCAAGCAUGAGAUCUCAGAGCUGAGAGCAAGACAUCGCAUUGAACUUGAGAAGGCUCAUGCAGCACUGGAUGACUUGAGGAAAGCAAAUGAAGAGGAGAUGGAGAAGGUGCAUCAGAGGGUAAAGCAGGCCAUUGUUAAGAAGGAAGAAGUGGUGGCCCAGCUGAAGCAGCAGUACCAGGCAGCUAAUAAAAGAGCAGAUCAUCUUGAAGGGCUGUUGGAGCAGCAGAGGAAACAACUACUAAACAAGAAAUAG